AUGUCCGUAUAUCGAAGGCGAAGAAGACAGGAUCCAAACCUACAAGAAGACAAAGCAAAGUGGUUUGGCAAUGGCAAAGAAGAUAACGACCAGGAUGGUUUCGAAAUCAGAAUAAUACCGGGAAAAGGUAACCCUUAAGCCAGUUAAUGCUAUGGUUAAUGAGAGCAUUUUUGAAGCAUGUUUGAAUUUCUGUGGCUAAUCACCAUAUUUCUAACAGAGACAUUAGGGCCAUUUAUACAAGCGAAAAUAAGUCGCGGCUUAAAUAAGUCGCGAACGACUCGUAUAAACAGUCAAUUUCCAAUAAGCCGCCGCGGCUUAUUUAGGCCUAGCUUUCAAGCAUGGUCUUAUUUUAGUCGCGGCUUAUUGCAAAUUGACUGUUUAUACAAAUUGUUCACGACUUAUUUAAGCCGCAGCUUAUUUUCGCUCGUAUAAAUGGCCCUAUUAUGACUCACGUUUACUACAAACUCCAAAUCGAUUUUGAGCAUAGCUUUUCUUAACUUUUAACAGUUUACCGUAACACGGUUAUCUUCGCAAUGCGAUUCAAAGUUUGUUGUUAGUGGUUUGCCGUAAACGCGAAUCUUAAAGGCCGAGACACACCGGACGCCAUUCGACAAUGCAGAGUGAUUUUUCAAUUUUCAAUGACCGAUAACUUAGAUCCUGGUUUACAUUUUUCAAAUAUGUAGAAGCGCCAUAACAUGUCGAGUCAAUUGGCCCAUAUAUCUUUUAAAAUUUCCUUUGAUUGUCUGUUUUAUUAACUUUGAAAAACUGAAAAAUUGCACCGCGUUGUCGAAUCGCGUCCAGUGUGUUAAGGUCUGCCAUGGCCAGAAAUUCAGGACAUGCGCCCGCAAUAUAUCCCAGCAGUUUUUCUUAUGAAAAGUUAUUGAUACCUAACAAACGCAAGUUUUAACUAAAAAAAACACAUUUUGCUUAGUUUUUUGUUUAACUAAAGCAGAAAAAUAGAUAUAUUAGGUACUGUCGGCCUUUUACAUACCUUUCAUUUAUUAUGAUGGGAUAUAAAGUAUGCGCAUGGUAAACGACUAAAAUAUUUUGUGUAUACAUCGCUAUCCCUCAGUGUAACCCACACUGGAAGAAAGCCUGGUUCCUAAGCUUCUUGUUGAUGGGGCUUUGGUGGCGAAGUGGUUAGCGCACUUGCCUUUCACCUCUAAGGCGGCAGGUUCGAAUCUCAGUGAGAACUUCUCAAUGUGACUCGAACCCAGGUCUCAUGUGAAAAGAGUAAAAGUCAACGCUCUGCCGAAAGUCGUGGGUUUUCUCCGGGUACUCCGUGUUUCCUCCCACAGGGAAAGUUGACAUGGGUGGGUUAGGCACAUAGGUUUCCAGAGGACCACAGAGUCAUCAGUAUUCGUACUGUCAAGUGUCAUCCUCUAUAAAUAAAGUCUCUCUCUCUCAUAUCAAAUAUGGACGACAAUUCAUGAAACAUCGUUCUUCUUGCAAUAUGGGUAAAAUAUCAACAUUUUGUCCCGUAAAUCGGAACAAGUUAAAAAAUUUGUAUCACUAUGAAAUUAUGCAGACAAGCAGGGGACAACAUAUAUUUUACAACGCAAAGUCUGCAAAUUUUAUGAAGGGUUCGAGGGAUACAUGUGGCCACAGCAAAAUGUACGAUUUCAAUGUGAAACUUUUCUGUUUUACGGUCCAGAUAUAGUUUAUAUUAUUGCGAAGUCUGCAAAUAGCAUAGCUAUUAUCAAACAAGUUUAAAUAAAAAAAAACCGCGCCACUCCUAAUGAUUUAUAUAUAACAAAUCCGCCAUUUUGUUUGUCAAAGUCCACCGCUCAGAGCAGUUACUAGGAGACAUGUGAUGACACUUAUAUGUAGUGUAUGCAGGAAAAUUUCUCACUAUACCUGCCGCACGCGAGAGCUCUUGGCUAACAUAAAAACAUUGAGAGCUCGUUUAUGCAGCCAAGACCUAUCGGCAUAAAUCUUUGGCAUUUUCCUGAUACAAGCCCCGCAAAGUGCCAAAGUUAUAGUCAUGGAGGGGAAAAAAGAUAAAACAAAUUGUGGGAGAUAACCCCCAGACCUCCUAUUGCAGAAAAAGAGAAAAGGGGAUGACCUUAAUAUUGCCAUAUGAAUUUGUCUUGAUCUUAAUAAGUAGUAACAAAGUUAACCUUAAAUAAAAUAAUUGAUUUUAAUUUUCUGGUUGUUUCAGGAAGGGCAGUCUUCGCCACUCGAUUUUUCGAAAAGGGGAACUUCCUGUUGGUGUAUGGUGAGCUCAUUACAGAGAAAGAGGCAAACGAAAGAGAGCAAAGAGACAGGAAGAAUGUGCCUAUCUAUCGAUAUUUUUUCAGAUUGAACAGUAAAAAUUUUUGCUAAGUCUUAUCAAGAGAAAUGUGCAGAUGUUACACCUACUUAUAUAUGAAACAAUGAACGUACAUUCGCCACAAAUUUUGCAUUAUUACCGCAAAAAUACAUUUCAAGUAAUGUCGCCCUAACAGUUCCACAAAGUCGGUAAUAACUGGUUUUGAAAAACACCUCCCGGUAGCGCCAAAGAUGAUUGAUGAUUUUGUUUCGAAUGCUGCCAUUCGUGUAACCCAGAUAUCUUUAUUUUUAUAGUUUUGAAAUAACGGUUGAAAAAAUCACAAUGCAGUUAAUUGUGUUAUAUUCACACUGUCGUACAACAGUCCCCAGAUUCUAAUAUAUAUAUAUAUAUAUGUGUGUGUAACAUGUAAAUAAUGUAAACAUUUUAUAUUUGAUUUCCAGCUAUGAUGCCACAGAGGAACCCCAAGAUGGUCAGGUCCUUGGAAGACUUGUCAACCAAGGGUAUGGCAAAGAAAUUAACUCAAAAAUGAAGGUUUUGACUGCAGACAAUAACAAACCAGUUCUGUGCCUUUUUGCCACAAGAGAUAUAAGUGCAGGAGAAGAAAUAUUGUACAACUAUGGUCGGAAAAAUUACCAUUGGGAGAAUAAGGUACGCCAAUAAUCAGAUUUUCUUCACGCAUUUUUAGGACAAACAAAACUGAAAAAAUUCAUGAGCAAAUUAAUGAGGUAACACAUCACACACGAAUAAUACACUCACAUCGUUAUAAAGCUUGAUAGCAAAAGUCAAUAAUCUUCAUUAGUCGCAUGGUACUUGGUUGGUGUGAGGACUUAUCCAUCAUGUCCGUAUAUAUCGAAGGCGAAGAAGACAGGAUCCAAACCUACAAGAAGACAAAGCAAAGUGGUUUGGCAAUGGCAAAGAAGAUAACGACCAGGAUGGUUUCGAAAUCAGAAUAAUACCGGGAAAAGGUAACCCUUAAGCCAGUUAAUGCUAUGGUUAAUGAGAGCAUUUUUGAAGCAUGUUUGAAUUUCUGUGGCUAAUCACCAUAUUUCUAACAGAGACAUUAGGGCCAUUUAUACAAGCGAAAAUAAGUCGCGGCUUAAAUAAGUCGCGAACGACUCGUAUAAACAGUCAAUUUCCAAUAAGCCGCCGCGGCUUAUUUAGGCCUAGCUUUCAAGCAUGGUCUUAUUUUAGUCGCGGCUUAUUGCAAAUUGACUGUUUAUACAAAUUGUUCACGACUUAUUUAAGCCGCAGCUUAUUUUCGCUCGUAUAAAUGGCCCUAUUAUGACUCACGUUUACUACAAACUCCAAAUCGAUUUUGAGCAUAGCUUUUCUUAACUUUUAACAGUUUACCGUAACACGGUUAUCUUCGCAAUGCGAUUCAAAGUUUGUUGUUAGUGGUUUGCCGUAAACGCGAAUCUUAAAGGCCGAGACACACCGGACGCCAUUCGACAAUGCAGAGUGAUUUUUCAAUUUUCAAUGACCGAUAACUUAGAUCCUGGUUUACAUUUUUCAAAUAUGUAGAAGCGCCAUAACAUGUCGAGUCAAUUGGCCCAUAUAUCUUUUAAAAUUUCCUUUGAUUGCCUGUUUUAUUAACUUUGAAAAACUGAAAAAUUGCACCGCGUUGUCGAAUCGCGUCCAGUGUGUUAAGGACUGCCAUGGCCAGAAAUUCAGGACAUGCGCCCGCAAUAUAUCCCAGCAGUUUUUCUUAUGAAAAGUUAUUGAUACCUAACAAACGCAAGUUUUAACUAAAAAAAACACAUUUUGCUUAGUUUUUUGUUUAACUAAAGCAGAAAAAUAGAUAUAUUAGGUACUGUCGGCCUUUUACAUACCUUUCAUUUAUUAUGAUGGGAUAUAAAGUAUGCGCAUGGUAAACGACUAAAAUAUUUUGUGUAUACAUCGCUAUCCCUCAGUGUAACCCACACUGGAAGAAAGCCUGGUUCCUAAGCUUCUUGUUGAUGGGGCUUCGGUGGCGAAGUGGUUAGCGCACUUGCCUUUCACCUCUAAGGCGGCAGGUUCGAAUCUCAGUGAGAACUUCUCAAUGUGACUCGAACCCAGGUCUCAUGUGAAAAGAGUAAAAGUCAACGCUCUGCCGAAAGUCGUGGGUUUUCUCCGGGUACUCCGUGUUUCCUCCCACAGGGAAAGUUGACAUGGGUGGGUUAGGCACAUAGGUUUCCAGAGGACCACAGAGUCAUCAGUAUUCGUACUGUCAAGUGUCAUCCUCUAUAAAUAAAGUCUCUCUCUCUCAUAUCAAAUAUGGACGACAAUUCAUGAAACAUCGUUCUUCUUGCAAUAUGGGUAAAAUAUCAACAUUUUGUCCCGUAAAUCGGAACAAGUUAAAAAAUUUGUAUCACUAUGAAAUUAUGCAGACAAGCAGGGGACAACAUAUAUUUUACAACGCAAAGUCUGCAAAUUUUAUGAAGGGUUCGAGGGAUACAUGUGGCCACAGCAAAAUGUACGAUUUCAAUGUGAAACUUUUCUGUUUUACGGUCCAGAUAUAGUUUAUAUUAUUGCGAAGUCUGCAAAUAGCAUAGCUAUUAUCAAACAAGUUUAAAUAAAAAAAAACCGCGCCACUCCUAAUGAUUUAUAUAUAACAAAUCCGCCAUUUUGUUUGUCAAAGUCCACCGCUCAGAGCAGUUACUAGGAGACAUGUGAUGACACUUAUAUGUAGUGUAUGCAGGAAAAUUUCUCACUAUACCUGCCGCACGCGAGAGCUCUUGGCUAACAUAAAAACAUUGAGAGCUCGUUUAUGCAGCCAAGACCUAUCGGCAUAAAUCUUUGGCAUUUUCCUGAUACAAGCCCCGCAAAGUGCCAAAGUUAUAGUCAUGGAGGAAAAAAAAGAUAAAACAAAUUGUGGGAGAUAACCCCCAGACCUGCUAUUGCAGAAAAAGAGAAAAGGGGAUGACCUUAAUAUUGCCAUAUGAAUUUGUCUUGAUCUUAAUAACUAGUAACAAAGUGAACCUUAAAUAAAAUAAUUUAUUUUAAUUUUCUGGUUGUUUCAGGAAGGGCAGUCUUUGCCACUCGAUUUUUCGAAAAGGGGAACUUCCUGUUGGUGUAUGGUGAGCUCAUUACAGAGAAAGAGGCAAACGAAAGAGAGCAAAGAGACAGGAAGAAUGUGCCUAUCUAUCGAUAUUUUUUCAGAUUGAACAGUAAAAAUUUUUGGUAA